AAAAGAGCAGCUAGUCUGUUAUAAAAAUGCAAAAGCGCCAUUAAUUUAAAUUCAAAGCUCUCACUCACUUCUACCCUCCAAUGUCGCAAGCAGUCCACCUUUUCUCUACAACUAUUCCAGGUUAUGGACGUUCAGAGGGCAAUUGUCUUCCUAGUUCUGGAUCUUCUGGGAAAGUAGUUGCCGUAUCCCUUUGUCCUUCUCGUGGUAACCGUAGAAAUUCUUCACACGUCAAGAUUGGAUCAAUAAAAUGUGUUUCUGGGGGAGCAUCUUUUGUAUGCCGAGCAAGUUCUGGUAGUCCGAGGAGAAACUCGGACUUUUCAAGGCAAAGCAGACAGGGAUACUCCCGAAAUAGGAACAGGCAAAAUGAAGAGAGAGACAGCUUUGAUAGCAUUGAUGAAUCUGAUGUGUUAACAUCGAAGAAUGGGCCUUUACUCUCCUUCUCAAAUACCUCAAAAUUCCAAGCCACUGCCACUCCAGGUCCAAGAGAGAAGGAGAUUGUUGAGCUGUUCAGGAAGGUCCAGGCUCAGCUACGUGAAAGAGCUGCCGUCAAAGAAAACAAGAAGGUUGAAACCUCCAAAGGAAAAGUUAAAGAGAGCGAAACUGUGGAUUCCCUCCUUAAACUGCUUAGGAAACACUCAGUUGAGCAAGGUAAGAAAAAAGAUAGCAGCUCUGGGGACUUUGCUGUGCACCAGCCAGAACAGAAUGGAUCACACGGCGAGGAUAGAAACACAAGCUUCUUCAAGCCAGAACCGAAUGGAUCACAUGGUGAGGAUAGAAACACAAGCUUCUUCAAGCCAGAACAGAACGGAUCACAUGGUGAGGAUAGAAACACAAGUUUCUUCAAGCCAGAACAGAAUGGAUCACAUGGUGAAGAUACAAUUAUAAGCGUCUUCAAGCCAAACAACAAGGAGAGGAGUGGAGUCUCAGAACCUAAUUCCAUUAAUAGCAGACCACCAUCAAGUUUUCGACGCAGGUCUCCAGUUCCUCGAUUGAAAUUCCAGCCUGUUUAUUCAAAUGAGGACUCUAUUAACUCUACUUCUUAUUCAAGUUUAACUGGUGAUAAGAAGAAACAACUAGAAUCCCUCCCAGACACUGCCCAGCUGUCUGAAUUGGAGAUAGAGGAGCCUGAGUUGGAACUGGAGCAGGAGCUAGAGUCCUCAUUCCAUAAUGGAGACGUGCUAGAUGAGUUAUCAGAAGGAGAGUCUUCAGAUAUUGAUAGCAUUGAUGAGGAUAGCAGACAGGAAAAGGAGAAUGAGCAUGAGCUUGAAAAUUUAAGUUCAUUGAAGCUGCCAGAGCUGAGGGCCCUUGCUAAAUCACGCGGAUUAAAAGGGUUUUCAAAGAUGAAGAAAGGAGAGUUAGUAGAUUUGCUAAGUGGUGGUUCAAUCUGAUUAGUUAUGAAGGUAAGAAAGUGAGGAUGAUAGGUUUGAUCCUAGAUAAUUUUUGGUUGUUUGUAUUUCAUUUUUUGUUUGUCAGAUUCUCAUUUUUGUUUGCUUGUAAUGUAGUUAUGUUAUUUUCAGUGAAUGAUCAAAACCCUAUGUUUCAGAAAGAAAGGAUAUGGAAACUUCUGAAUUCUAUUCUA